CGAGUCCGGGUUCAAAACGGACGAAUCGUUCACGGACCGCCCUUCACGCCGCUGCUGCAGAUGUGAACGUGAGUCGUUACAAAGGACCGAACCACAGCGGCGACCACCGGACUGCACAAGAUGUCUGCUGAGCUCUUCCCUGCGACCGGGAACAAUGCGAGUCCUCAAGACACCACAAUCGGAGGCAGCAAACCUUUACACCGCUUCAUGAAGGGGCAGCCCAAGAACGUUGGCGUCAUCGUGCUGGUUCUGGGCUCAGGUUUCUUCAUCAUUUCCAUCUCACUCAGGCAAUUAAAUAUUUUACACUCAUGGGCAAUUAUCCCACCUGGCUUGCUUCUGGGGACACUGUUCAUCACGUGUGGUAUUCUGUUUAUCGUGACAGAGCACAACCCGACCAAAAAAACGGUAACCGCAUCGUUGGCUCUGAGCAUCAUGACCCUACUGGGGUCCUGCUGGACCAUCCUGCACCUCAUUCCCAGCGUAAUAUACACCUCCUCCUACAAACAUUACGAGAUCCUAGAGGACAACAUCACAGAGACGGAGGACACAUGGUCAUCAUCUUAUGAGGCCAUGGGACUUUCUUUGGAAUCGAUCUACCUGUUCUACAGUUUUGUUGGUUUGAUUAUUCUUAUUAUAAUGUCAGCUCUGGCCGGGUCUGCGCUGCGUUCCUCGAAGAGCCAGGCCAUUGUUGUGAUGAGCACAAUGGCGACUGAAACACCAGUGGAAUGACGAGUGCGAGAGGAAGCACGAUGAACUGUGACGAGAGAAGAAUAAAGAGGCAAACAAAGACAGCAAUUUUUCUUUUUCUCUCUGUGGGUGCAACAGGAUACAUGAUUCCUAAAUAUCACCCACUUCUCACUGUCAAUUUUUUUCUUCUUUUCUUCGAUAAUGGUUAUUUCGACAUAGAUAAAAACUGUUAAAUGCCGACA